AUGCCUAAAGUAAAGAGUAGAUUAACAUCUAAAGAACAAAAAUGUUUGAUAGAUUUCGAUGAAAUUUCACCUGAACGACACGAUUUUGCUUUAAUGUUACUUUGUUCAAGAUCACUUUAUCGAAUUCAAUUAAGAUGUUUUGAACAUAAUGUUCUUAAUAUUCAAGAUAUUUGUGAUAUUGUUAAACGGGAAGUUGAUAGGUUGCCACAAUUAUUAUCAGUAAUUGGAGCAUCAUUGGAAGCUAAUGGAUCUUAUAAUGUUAAUCAUCAUGAAAAUUUAAUGAUGUUAGAUUUCUGUAAAAAGAUUACAAAUUCAAAUGAUCCUUUAGAUAUAAUUAGAGGUCUUUUAACAGCUGAACAAAAUUCUAGAUCAUUAAAAAGUUCUAGUGAUAAAAAAGUUAAAAAGAUGUAUAGAAAUUUAAUUAAUUUGAUUGAUGAUUUAAAGAAAUUUAUGCAAAAUCGUAAUUCAACUGAUGAUUCAACAAAUUCUUCUUCCACUAAUACUACUCGUAAACGCAACAAUUUUCGUCCGGUUUAUUUUAUGGGAAAUUAUUGUGUUUGUACAGAAGGCGUCCCUGGAAGUGGUGAAGAAACUUUUAUUCAUCCACCAACAGCUCUUCUUUGGCUUCCCGUUCUAACUAAUAAAGAACGUAUCACUCAACAUACGACUUCAGCUUUCUCCUUAAGAAAGAAAACAGAAUUCGCUAAAAAUAAUGGACCUUCAUUUAGACCUCAAUUACUUAGAAUGAAUUUUGUUCAAACAUUUGGUCGUAGACAAUCACAACAAUCUACAAAUACAACAAAAUCUUUAUCAGGAGAGAAAUCAUGUCGUGUUACGAAUAAUUCAUCUUCACAACAAUCGAUUCAACUUGCUACUACAACUUCAAAUAUGUCAUCUAAUAUUGUUGCUACUACAACUUCAAAUAUGUCAUCUAAUAAUGUUGCUACUACAACUUCAAAUAUGUCAUCUAAUAUUGUUGCUACUACAACUUCAUAUAUGACACCAGUACAGUCACCAAUUACUUCUAGUUGUAAUUGUAAUUGUAGUCCAUUAAGCGCAACAUAUGAUUUCAGAAAAUUAUGUCCUUGCAUAGUCAAUAUGUCAGCUAAAUCAACAUCGUCUUCUCAAGGAUUUAGCAGCAGCAGCAAUAAUCAAUUUAAUAGUAGCAACAAUCAAUUCAAUAGUAGCAACAAUCAAUUCAAUAGUAGCAACAAUCAAUUCAAUAGUAACAACAAUCCUUUAUUAUCACCUCCGUUAUUUACCGUUGGUGGAUUCGAUUUUCCUUCGAGCAACUCACGUUAUACAUCCACGCGAAAUUACAGUUAUGGGUAUAAUUCGACAAAUUAUGAUGGGUUAUCUUUAUCGC